ACUAUCAUUUUACUCUGGCCAUUCUUCGUUCUCCAUGUACUGCAUGCUCUUCCUAGCACUUUACCUUCAGGCCAGAAUGAAAGGAGACUGGGCAAGACUUGUACGACCUACUCUGCAGUUUGGUCUUAUUGCUGCAUCUGUCUAUGUGGGUCUCUCACGUGUUUCUGAUUACAAGCACCACUGGAGCGAUGUUUUGACCGGACUCAUUCAGGGAGCAGUGGUAGCUGUGCUCAUUGUUGUGUAUGUGUCUGACUUCUUCAAAGUGAGAGGAUGUACAUUUCAACCAAAAGAAGAUUCCCAUACAACCCUACAUGAGACCCCAACAAAUGGAAAUCACUUUGGCAGCAAUCAUCAACCAUGAAGAAUGACCCACCUCACCUACCCUGUUCUCUGAAAGGAAAAGUUUUCACAAAUCUAACCAUGUAAUUUAAGUAAGGGACUGCUGCUGCUCUUGGGGAUGCUCACUUUACCUGUAUAUAGUAACAUCUACCAGUUAUUGUGUAUCUAAACAUUAAAAUGUCUGUUGGUUCCAGCUUGUGCUUAAAAGAAAAAAGCUAUUCAAUUUUUUAUUGAAAACACAGUAACAGUUAUAUUACACUGCUAUUUGUACAUGCCUUGUUGAAAUAACUGUGAUUUAAAUAAACACCGUUAGAAGAAAU